AAAGCAAACAUCGGUGAUGUGAACGAAGUGGUCAGUCGUAUAACACUGUCCACUGAACGCAAACCCCAAUCUGAAGACAAUCUAUUGAUCAUCGAAGCGAUUCCGGAAUUACUGGAACCAAAGCAGAGAAUAUUCAAAGAAUUGUGUGAGAGCUUUAAGGACAACAAAUCGGUUAUAUUCGUGACCAACACUUCUUCGCUUCCAUGCUAUGAAAUCGGCAAAUAUGUCGAUUGCAAAGACAGAUUUGGCGGACUUCACUUCUUCAAUCCGGUGCCACUCAUGAAACUCGUGGAAAUCGUCAAAGUCCAGGGAACUAAUGAGCAAACCUUUGAACUGUUGCAACAAUUUGUCAAAGACGCGGAUAAAGUGGGUGUCGCCUGUAAGGAUACGCCGGGAUUUAUUGUCAACCGAUUGUUAGUGCCAUACAUGCAGGAAGCCGUCAGACUCUUGGAGAGAGGAGACGCCACGGCCCGGGACAUCGACACUGCCAUGAAAUUGGGCGCCGGAUAUCCUAUGGGUCCUUUUGAACUGAUG